AAACCGAUUUGCGCGCUUUUUUAACUGUGACUGCCAGCUGGAAAUUCCAACACACGCCGUGGCUUAAUUAACUAAUUUUAAUAACUAACUGCUGAUCAAUUGACUAAACACCUGCUUAAAUGGCUGCCGUACGUCGCUCCACGCGGCUGAGCAGCAUCAGCAAAGCGGCCGCCGCCUCUCCGCUGCCGCAGUCGACGCAGACGCCGCCGCCGCCGCCGCGUCGCUCGGAAGUUUGGAAACGCAGGCAGCCGAAAAAAGUGAUCGCCGAUAGCGAAUCUGAAGAGGAGGAGGCGGCGGUGACCCAUGACUUGACCAGCUCCGUUUCAGAGAACAACGAGAACCGCAACCUGCUCAACAAAAUGGACAAGAUCUCGCGGCGCAGGACCUCGCAGGUGGUUCAACAUUCGGAGCCCCCAAAGACGCCACGCAGCACAAAGAAAACAGCUGGUAUUUCGCGGGCCAAACGCGAGCAGGAAAACCGCGAGGCCACCGCUAUAUUCCUGGACAGCGGAGAGGAGGACCAGCUCCAUGCCUCGCCGCCCAAGCAGCGGAAGCUGCAGCCACUGCCACAGCAUCUGAUCAGUCCUUCGCGGCUGCUGGACAGGCUGAGCAUCGACGAACGCCAGGAGGAGGAGCAGGAGGAGCCCGAAAACAAGACUGACAAGAAGCAGGAGAAGCCCAAGGAUCCUCUUGCUCAUGAGCAGGAGAAACCUCCAACCCAGCUGCCUGGCAAGCCGAAGAAAUCUCCUGGCAAAGGGGAAACCCCGCAGAGGAGACCCUUGCCCUCUCCUCCGCGCAACAAGUACCAAAACGCCCGACGAGUGCUAAACAGCGCAGAGACCCAAAAUCUACCAGGACGAGAAGAGCAGCUGCAGGAGCUGCGUGAAUUCUUCAGCAGCCACCUGGAAAGCCAGACUUCAGGCAGCCUCUACGUCUCCGGGCAGCCGGGCACGGGAAAGACCGCCUGUUUAUCGCUACUGCUCAGAGAUCCGGACUUCUCCAAGCGCCUGCAGCGCGUCUACAUCAACUGCACCAGCAUUGCCAGCGUGGGCGCAGUUUACAAGAAGCUGUGCACCGAACUGCAGCUCAAAGUCAGCGGACGCACCGAAAGGGACCACUUGGAGGCCAUACAGAGGCAUUUAAAGACAGCUAAGCGAAUGCUUCUGCUAGUCCUGGACGAGAUCGAUCAGCUUUGCACCAGCAGGCAGGAGGUUCUAUACACAAUCUUCGAGUGGCCUGCGGUGCCUGGCUCCAGGAUUCUCCUAGUCGGCAUUGCCAAUAGCCUGGAUCUCACCGAUCGAGCGCUGAUGCGACUGAAUGCCCGGUGCGAACUAAAGCCCCGGCUGAUGCACUUUCCGCCCUACUCCAAGCAGCAGAUCGUGGAGAUCUUCAAGUCGCGCCUGGCCGAGGCGGAGGUGCUCGAUGUCUUUCCGCCCGUCACCCUGCAGCUGCUGGCCGCCAAGGUGAGCGCGAUCAGCGGGGAUGUGCGCAGGGCUUUGGACAUUGGACGGCGAGUGGUGGAGAUUGCCGAGCAGCAGAAACGCGAUGGCGAGAAGGAGUUUAAUAUGAAGGCCCUGCAACUGGAGGGCAGGGAUGCCGUGGAGGCCAAGGAAAAGCAGGACACUCUGAAGCCCGUUCAGGUCACCCAAGUGGCUGCUGUGCUGAACAAGGUCUACGGAGCCUCGCAGAAUCUGGAGGAGGACAUCGAGGGGUCAUUUCCGCUCCAGCAGAAGCUAAUGCUGUGUACCCUGGUGCUCAUGCUGCGCAACGAACGCAACAAGGACAUCAGCAUGGGUCGCCUGCACGAGGUCUACAGGCGGGUGUGCGCCAAACGCAACAUUCUCGCCCUGGACCAAGCGGAGUUCACGGGCACCGUGGAUCUGGUGGAGACCCGCGGCAUCCUGCGCAUCAUGCGCAAGAAGGAGCCGCGCCUGCACAAGGUCCUACUGCAGUGGGACGAGGAGGAGGUGCAUGCGGCACUCAGCGACAAGCAGCUGAUCGCCUCGAUCCUCAGCGACACCGCCUGCCUGAACAAGUGACGAUCUGGACGAUUGCCUCUAGGAAAUUAGUUUGCCAGACAAUCCGCGCUGGUUAAUUGCGCAUUUCUCUCAUUUUCAUUCACCUUGGGGACGAGCAUAUAUGUAUAGGAAUAUAAGAAUACUUUUUGACGCUAAAUUUAAAAUUCGUGGCUGGCGCAAGCAGUGAAAUAUUUUGAAAUAUCAUUUGAGGGUCACUUUCGACAUUUUGUUUUCUGACUAUUAAUUGAAUCGAAUCAUUGGGAUUUUAUGUUUGUCAUAAAUUUAAGUAAAUGUUGCGCCCAUAAUCUAUUUCUAAUCCGAUCCGUUGACCAAUAAGCUCUAGACAAUUCGUGUCUCUUCCUGUUAGCCCUAAGCAAAUAAGAAUAAACCAAAUAGUUCUGUAAUACACAAAA